CACAAUUCCUUGCGCCUCCGCUAUUUCACAUAUUUCAUUAAAGGAGUACCGUUGCUACUCUGGGAUUCGUGCCAAAAUUUCGAAAUAUUGUGCUUCCCCGUCGAUAUGAUGUGCGACACCGCAAACCGAGGUUUUCGAGCGCAGUUAGCCGCGGUCCUUGACAAGCUAACAAAGGCGGCCUUGGUGGAAAUAAGCAACCUGGCAGAUGAAUGUUCGUCCGUCCUUCACACCGAGAUAUCGCUGCACAAGACGGAGAAUGAGGCGCUGAAGAAAAGGUGCUACUCGCUGGAGGUCCAGCUGAGAGCAGCCAGGGAGGCGCAGACGUACCCACCGCAUGUAAACAACGGAGCCAGCCGCCGGCACCCUGCAGAACAGCACCAGCUUGCUCCAGCCAUCGAAGGAGUUUUUGGAAAGGACUGGUGCAUGGAUCUAUGGAGAGAAGACAAACUGCCACCUCAAAGAAGAGAGCCAGUGGAGACUGCUGCUAUGACAAGCAUGGGACCACAGGUAAUUGACUUGAUGGAAAGAGAACCUGAUCUCAUCUUUGUCAAAGAGGAAACUUAUGAUGAUCAUCCCAUUGGCCCACAGAUGAGGCUCACUGACAACAGAAAAGUUGUUGGGAUGUUUGAGGAGGAGAGCAUGCUUCAUCGUUCUCUUGAUGACCUGCAGCUUCACUCAGGGGACUUAAACAACUUCCCCAUGACAUCUGAUAGUCAAAUACAACAACGCACACAGCCAUCAAUUAUGGACAAGUUAAUAGAAGAUGCAACAACGAGCACGCUGGUUGACAACACAAAUCCUCCUUCAGCUAUCGCGGAAUACUCGGACUAUACGAACAAUAUCCAACUGAAUGCAACCAAAGAACACACCAUUCUGCCAAGACCUGCGAGGCCAACAAAACACUUUGAGUGUUUGUUCUGUGGGAAAAUCUUCAACUAUUUGAGCAGUUUAAAAGUCCACAUUAGACGACACUCGGGUGAGAAGCCAUUCAGCUGCUCCGUGUGCGGGAAGCGGUUUGCUCAGAAAACAUACCUGAAGUUACACCAGCGUGUGCACUCGGGAGAAAAGCCGUACAGCUGUCCGGACUGUGGCAAAAGUUUUUCCCAGAAAAGCUCUCUGAACAUACAUCUUCGAACACAUACUGGUGAAAAACCUUACAGCUGUGUGGAUUGUGGGAAAUGUUAUGCAUACAAGUAUGGUUUAAAUCACCACCAGUGUUUUAAUUAACUCCUCAUACCAGAAGUGCUCCAAGUACUGCUACACUACAAAGUGGCUCAACAUGUACCAGUAUGUCUAUAGAAACCUCAAACAUGGAUGAAAAAUACAGAUUUGAAUUUGAUACUCCAUCUGUAUCAAAGAAAAGCUCAUUUUAUUGCCCCUGCUGUUUUAGUUCAUGUAAACAAAUGUUGCAGCAGCCAAACAGCAGUAUAGAGAUUGUGUCCUUUUCCCAUUCGACUGUGUGAGAUUCACUUUGACCGAUCAAGGGGUUCACUGCCAAAAUUUACAAUGCCCUCAGCAAGCUCUUUUGCAUAAAGGCUAUUGAGGAAAUUGUCAUAGAAGAGAUGUGACACAGUUACAGAUCCAAACCAUGACAAGAAACUGUCCAUUUCAUCCAUGCAUGUGUUACAUGUUAUACAUACCUCAUGUUUCAGGCUGCAAAAGGCCUGUUCCAGAUAAUGCCAAAAUAAUUACUCAAGGGAGGGUGCUCUAUUGUUUGCACACAUGUAGCAUAAACCUUCAAAACUACCUCUUUACAACAAAAUAGAAGUAAUACAACUCCCUCUGUCAUUGCCCUAAUGCCAUCACUGAUUUAUAUUUCUUGCCUCAUUUGUAGAGAAAAGUGUGGAGGCCAGUCUCUGAAAACCAUAACUGUAAUUAAAAAAAAAAAGUUGAUGUGUUGUUCAUAUAAUAUUAGUGAUUUUCAGAAAUUGUUCUAGCCUAAACAUGGUUACUGAUUAAAUAAUGGCUGCAUCAUAAUUGUACAGACGCUUUGUGUUGCCAAUAUGAAGUCAAACCAAAAUGUAUACUUUUUCUAAGUCACACUUUAUUUUGUACUGAACAGUCUUUAAGCCUAAACUGAGAUUAUCUGUACCAAGCACAAAAUUUGCCUGUUGAUUCCCCCUGAACAGACCACACUGACUGAGCUGAGUGAAUUACCCCCAUCCAAGAAAGAAACCUUCUGUUGAUAUUUCUCUCUCUCACCUGCAUGCCCUUCACAAAGUCCUGUCAGAUGUGCUUUGUUCAGACUGUUCAAACUGAAUAUGUAAAGACUGAAAUAAUGAAUAUGGUUUUUGCAACCCUGCAAAAAAAUUCAGUCGGAUGAAAAUUAAAACUCAUACUUUGAAAUGAAAGUUCUAUCAAAUAAAGUUUAAGUCACAAAGUGAA